GAAACUUCUCCGCGGGUAUUAAGCCCUUUUUCCAUCUUCUCAGCACGGCCACUUCAAGUUCACAUGCGGACGCUUCACCUCACCAAGACCCGAAACCAAUCUUUUAUAUCUUUAAGCGCAAAUGUAGCGUUCACCGAUUAUCUCAGCAACUUAUUUUUCUCAUUUUAACUUUACGCGCGUAUGUAGUCUACUCAGAAAACGAUUUUAGGAUGAAGAUGCUGCCCUAAUUUUUUUUUUUUUUAGCUGUUAUUAAAGUGGAAUUUCUGCUUCAACAUUCCUGUCGAGAUGGAAAAAACGCCUUAAACCAAAAAGCCACGAUGGGGAAAUGGGAGCUGACAAUGAACCCAGUGCAGGAGUGGGGCGAGGAGGUGGAGGACGGUGCAGUCUAUGGGGUGACUCUGCGCCGGGAGCCUGUGCCCUCUUCAGCUCCGUGCACAGCUUUUGUCCAGUACCGCACCUGUAAAGUGCGACGUCUGAAGGCCGCUAAACUAAACCAGCUGGUCAACCACCUCCUGGAGCCUGAAAACCAAGACCAAGACUACGGCCAGAUCCUCCUGUCCACCUACCGCACCUUCACCUGUCCCUCCACCCUCAUCGAGCUGCUCUUCCUCAGGGACAAUGCAGCAACAGAUCUGGAUAAUACAAACAGCUACAACAGGCCUCUGUUGACCUUCGUACAGGCCUGGUUGGACGAUUACAGUGAAGACUUCAGGGACCCUCCACUCCACGCGGCGCUCAGACUGCUGCUGGACCACCUGACCAUCAGCUCUGCCAUGCACUCACACAUGCGCACUCAGCCCAACUACUGCUCUCUGGCCGGGCAGGCAGAGGAGCUGCUCAAGAGGUUUCAGAGAGAAGACGCUGAGUCCAGUCUGAGCUCCUCCAUGGAGCUGUCCCAGGCUGAGUACUGCUCUGGCGAUGACGACUCCGGAUGUGAAAACUCUUUGGAUCUCACAGAUGUAAUGGAUUUUGCAACUGUGGCCAUCGCAGAACAGCUCACUCGCCUGGACGCGGCAUUAUUCGUCAAAGUGGUGCCUUAUGAAUGUUUGGGCUCUGUGUGGUCUCAGAGGGAUAAGAAAGAAAACCUGUCUCCCACCAUCAGAGCUACAAUUGCACAGUUUAACGCUGUGACUAAUCAGGUGAUGUUGUGCCUGCUCUGCCCAUCUGUGGAUGCCAGCUCUAGUCCCACGUUCUCCGGCCGCCCCCCCUCCACCCCCGCAACCAGGGCCAGGAUCAUUGAGAAGUGGAUCCGAGUAGCACAGGAAUGCAGACGCUUGAAAAACUUCUCCUCUCUCAAAGCCAUCCUCUCGGCUCUCCAGUCCAACGCUGUUUACAGGCUGAGAAAGUCCUGGGCUGCAGUAAACCGGGACAGUAUGGCCGCUUUCGAUAACCUCUGUGAAACCUUCCCAGAUGAAAACUGUGUUCUGAGCAAAGGGGAGCUUGUAGAAGUGGAGGGAAGUCAAGCCAGCGUGGAUAGCAUGUCUCCAAAGAUAUCCAAGAGGUGUCCAAUCUCCAGGCAAAUGAGUACGUCAUCAGGAGUGGUACCGUACCUGGGCACUUACCUGACAGUCCUGACCAUGUUGGACACUGCUCUGCCUGACACCGUGGAGGGUGGCCUCAUAAACUUUGAGAAGAGACGACGGGAGUUUGAAGUUCUGUCUCAGAUCCGGCAGCUUCAAGCAUCCUGUUCCCUGUACAACCUCCAUCAGCAUCCUCAGAUCACCUCAUGGCUUCAGGGAAAGAAGCUCCUCUCCGAUCAGGAGAGCUAUGAACUUUCCAGACAGCUGGAGCCGCCAGUCGACCUGAGCUCCCCAACAGCCUGGAGUCAUCGCUCCAUCACAAAGAAACUCUCCUUUCUCCGUGCGAUGAGUGAAGGGUCUAAGAAGCUGCCUCCAGACCAGAUUAGCGUGUCCUCCUCUGGCUCCAGUGGCUCUGAAAUGGAAGAUCUGUCCUCUCCGAACUCCAUCCCCCUUCAGACCUUCACCAGCUCUUGUUGCAGUGAGUCAGACUUCUCCACUGAAGUUUCCUCCUCCUCCUCGCCCACUCCCUCCUCCUCUUCUUCCUCGGACACCCAGCUGGACUCCCUGUGCUCCCCCCCAGCCUCAGAGUGCGGAGGGGCACGUCCGAAACCUUCUCUGGGAUCACACAAGCGCUCCGUUUCCAUGACAUCGCUCCCAGUCUACAACCGACAAGUGGCCGACUCGUGCAUCGUAAGGAUCAGUGUGGACUUGGGCCACAACAACGGGAACAUGUACAAAAGUAUACUGUUGACAAGCCAGGACAAGACUGCCCAGGUCAUCCAAAGAGCUCUGGAGAAGCAUCACCUUGAGCACAUGGACUAUGCCGACUUCACACUAACACAAAUUAUCUCAUCGGAACGAGAACUGCUAAUACCAGACAAAGCUAAUGUCUUCUACGCGAUGUCCACCACUGCCAACUUUGACUUUGUUCUACGCAAAUAUGAAAAAGAUCAGAAGAAACCGCUGAGUGCCACUCGGAGUCUGGGAAGAUACACAAAGUAGCAGCUUUGGCAGAAGGACAAAUGUACACAAAAAGCACUUUAUUAAGAAGUUUAUUGACAAAACUUGUUACUGGAGUUUAGAACCGGACCAUAGACCAUGAUCCAAGAAACAUGUGCUGCCUUCACUGACCUCGUUCAUACAGGAACAUUGAAAUCUGAGGAGCCAUUUCAUCUUUGCCAGUGGCUGCUUAGUAGCACCUGUGUGUUAAAAAGGAAAGUGGGUCAGAGAGAAACUAGUGGAGAUACUUUGAACUGCUGCCACGAGCCGCAUGGAAAAGUACUAGUCACCAAGAGUCUACGGUGACAUUGAACUUCAGUGGAUGAAAAACAUAAAAAGAGUAAAAUAUAAAUAUAAAAAAGUAGAUUUAUACAUGUAACUUGGCUUCAUGUGUAAGAAGUUUCUCAUAUGUACUGUAUUGAGUCAGAGUUGCUAAAACAUUUUUAGGAAUGCAAAAGCCAAUAGCGCCAAGUGAUGAUGUGUUCCCUUAUAAUUCUAGGUUUCUGUCUGCGUUCUGGGUGGAAUUUGAACAAAUUAGGAAAAAAAUAUAUAACUGUAAGUUUUCUGACAAGUCUUGUGAUUGCAAUAAGAACUGACAAGACUGAAAUAUGAACUGACAAACAAUACGAGACAUUUCUGAACAUGUUUGUACAGAUCAAAACUACAGGGUUAGCAGUUUUUAUGCAGGAUAUCACAGGAUAUUUUUGUUGUUUGGGGAAGAAAUUAUGGUACAAAAUACUUCAAAUUAUGAUUUUGAUUCGAUUGUCCUGACCUUUUGAGCACAAUGGAAUAGGGGAAUGGGGCAUUGCAUAUAUACUGUAAACCCAAAAAUCAUAUAAAGUGUUUUUGAAGUGUAAAGUAUUCAGGAUCAAGAACAUAUAAAUAACUGUUUCCAUAAUAAAAACUUAAAUGAGAAACUCUAUAAUUCUAAGGGGACAUAUUGUGCAGUGUUGAGCUCUGAGUAGCUAAGUUGAGAAUAAUGCAUUGUCUCUUGCUUCAUAUUAUUUUCAUGCUUGUUGACAUUGUGGUAUCACCUUGACUUGUACAGACUGGUGGGAUGGCAUUCCUCUGUCUGACUAAAACAUCUGAACUUUUCGAGACAGCACACAGCUCGGUGCAUUUGGGCUAAUAUGACAGCUAUGCUCACUAUUCUCUUUGCACGUAGCCUCACCUUAAUCUCUUUGAUUGUGUAUUGAAGGAAUGAUGCUAUGAUGUAAAUGAAUGUAAAUAUGUACAUGUUUUGAUGUAUUUAAUUUAAAUGAAUUUUUUUAAUUUACAAUGAUGUUGAAUAGUACUGCUGCUAACACAUCUCAGAACAGAUUCACCAUUUCAAUAGUGUGUAGUAAAGUCAUUUCCACUUCUCUGGUAAGAUUAUUUAAGACUAUUUUAAAUAAUCCCUCUUCACCAACCUGCACAUAUACAUGUUAAACUGAUUUAACAUACACAGUGUCUUGAGACAUUUGUUGACCUUGGUUUGAAUGUAAUGUUCAAAGAAAAUAAAAACAAAUACCA